CUAAGAAUGGUCCAACGGUAUACUCAUACUAUCUACCGCCAAUUAGAUAUUCGGUUCAUCAAGUUAGUUAUCAUUUAAAUUGAAAAAAAGUCAAGAUGGUGACGGCUAAGGGUGACGCAGAAGCCACAGUGACCAGGGAGGAGAUUCCUCAUGACCAUCUUUUCAAGGUCACCGGAUUAUCUUCCACUAAUUUGGAGAAGAUGGCUCAAGAACCCGAACCGCACGACUUCGAAGAAGCUAUAGCAGCAGCAGGGUAUGGCAAGUUCAACAUAGCCCUGAUGCUGAUCUCCAUCCCAGCAUUCUGGAGCUCUGUCUCCGUCACCAGCUCCACCAGCUACAUCUUCACGAGAGCACAGUGUGAUAUGGGGCUCAGUCUCUUGGAUAUGGGGACUAUCACUGCUAUGACUUAUGGAGGCAUGAUCUCCUCAGCGAUGGUAUGGGGAUUCCUCUCAGAUACCCUGGGAAGAAGACAGAUCAUGGUGUGGGGUUUCUUCUGUUCCGGCCUGAUAGAGAUAGCGGCUGCCAUGAGCCAGAACUUUGCUAUGUUGCUAGUCACCAGAUUCGCCAGCGGAUUCCUCUUCAACGGUCCUUUCGCAGUUCUGAUCUCGUACCUAGCAGAGUUACACAGAACAGAGCUGAGAGCCCGUGUGAUACUUCUGACCAGCCUGUUCUAUACCUUCGCCAACACCACCCUGCCCUUAGUGGCUUGGGCUAUCCUCACCAAAGAUUGGGAGUUGACACUCUUUGGAGGGAGUAUCGUAAUCCAUUCGUGGAACAUAUUUCUCUUCACGACCGCGCUAAUGCCACUCCUGACUGGACUGUUCUUCCUCUGUCUGCCGGAGAGCCCCAAGUUCCUCAUGUCCAGAGGGAGGAAUGAGGAAGCGAUGGCCGUGUUCAGAACCAUCUACAGAUUGAAUACUGGCAAACCUGCUGAUGAUUACCCUGUAAAAGUCCUGGUAGAAGAAAAGAACGAGCAACAAGGGCGAGGGAUCGCCGCUUUAAGAGGAGGUUAUGCUCAGCUGGCACCAUUGUUUAGACCUCCUCACGCCAAAUGGCUAUUCCUCAUCAGCAGCAUACACAUGGGCUGUAUGUUCGGGUCCAACACGUUACGUCUUUGGUACCCUCAACUGGCAGCGAUGAUAAGCAACAACGCAAAGGGCCUCUGCUCAGCCAUUGCCCCAUCCACCACACAUUCAGUAGCUGUGGAUGAAAUCUGUGUUCCUAUUGUGACUGAUAUGCUGACGUAUUUGCAAAGUGCUGCUGUAGGAGCAGGAUCUGUGCUUACUUAUGGAAUUGGAGGCGCUAUUGUUAAUAGAUGUGGCAAACGAUUAGUCUCCGGUUUCUGUGGCGUCGUCAGUGCCUGCCUUAUCAUAAUGCUGCCGUUCUUAGGAACCAGCGCGUACGCAGUGGUUGCUAUGGUAACCUCUGCGCUCGCCUUCACUUCGCUCUGUGGUGCUUCGCUAUCCAGCAUCACUGUUGACUUGUUUCCAACGUCACUCAGAGUGAUGGCAAUGGCAACAUUCCUGAUGUGCGGUCGCCUAGGCACCAUCACUGGUACCGUCAUCUUCCCCGCGCUCAUUGACUACGGAUGCCUCCCGCCUUUUAUUACCAUUGGCUCCGUAUUAACUGUGUGCGGUCUCGCGUGUUUCUUGCUACCCAAUACUACUCUUAAGAAAUUAGAGUAAUUUGUGUUUAGUAUUAAGUGAAUGACGAAUGUGACUGUAAAUAGUAUAUGUGAUUAGUUGUUUUUAUAUAUGUUUGUGUUGUUGUUUCUAUGUGCAAAGUUAUUAUUGUGAACAUAUUUUAAGUCAUUGAAAUAAAGAUUAAUUGCCACUGUGUGUGUAAAAGGUUAGGUUCGACUAAAAUAAUUUUUAUAUGUAAUUUUGUAAUUUGAUGUAUUGUAAAUCGUAACCCUAUAUAAAAUGUAAAAAAACUGUAAACAAUGAACGAAAGAAUGAAACGAAGAAAGUUUUAAAAAUAUUUCUCUUUUAUUUAUAAUUUAUCAUAACGUAAUUUCAUCCAUCUUUUCAGUCAAACUCACAACAAUUUACCGGCGAAUCAGGGAGAACAAUAUUACUAUCUACAUUAUUAAAUUUUAUAUUAUAUUUAGCUCGUGACGUAUUUUUAAUUAUUUUCCUGUUAAUACCAGAAUUUGAAGAUUCUGCAAUUAUUUUUGAAGUUAUUUUGGAAAGGGACGAUAAAAUAUUUACGACAUUUUAUUAUUAUUUCUAAAAUAAUUAAAAAUACGUCAAAACUUAUUUUGUUUAAGGCGCUACAUCAGUCUAAUGCAAUGACUAAACAGCUUUACCCCGAAACAUUAAUAAAUAACUCAAAAUUAUGCUUUUGUGACUGCAUAAAAUACAAUUUAUUGUGAACAAGCUGCCAUUCGCAUUAUCUACAUGAUUUUUCCAAAAAAAAAAACAACAAAUGCUAUAGAUUUUUUAGUACAACGUUAUUGCACAGUGAGCUUUAUAAAAAAGAAAGGAAGAUAGAAAUGAUUAAUUUUAAAAUGGAUUCUUUGUUUUCUUUGGGUCCAUAAUCAAAUAUUUAUUGUUGAUUAUUAUUAUUUGUUAUCAUUGUACUUAAAAAUCUUAUAGAAAAUAGAGGGUUAUAGUCUAAAAUGGUCCAAACUGGCCUGACUCACUGCUCUAACAGAACGAAUAAGCACUGUCGCUACAUAGACUAGAUUUUACUUCUUAUUGUCCAAUCACUUUGUCUAAGCGAUAAAUACACUUAAAUUCGAGGAUUUACGCCUGCCGACCACUAGAGCAUAACAUACGUCCAAGUUUUUCUUUGGCUUACGUUACGCCAUAGUAGGAAGCAAACUUCACAAUAAAAAUCAUAUUAUAAUGUAUAUAUAAAUGUAUAGAUUUUUAUAGGCCAGUGAAAUUGACUGUUUCUUACAUACGAUUCAGGAUACCCCGAUUAUUUAAUAUUAUUAUUCCAUUACAACGCAAGGCACAUUUUUAUCUGUUAUUAAAACUAUUUAAUUUAAUAAGAUUGCACUUUUACAAAAGUAUUAUAUCGGCAGAUCUUUGUUUAAACUUAAAUUGUUUAAAAUUCUAAGCGAAUCCAUGUUGCUCCCAUAACUCACAGAACUGAGAUAAUUACAAUUUCUGAGAAAUUCUUAAUUAAAUUCCCAUAUUUGUAAAUGUUGAUAAACUUGAUCGUUACCAAGUAAUCGAGUGGUUUUCUUGGUCAGAUAUUCGGUUCUAGUUUGAUGGUCAAAUUCCUAUAACAGAAUUAUUGAUUUUAUAAACACGGAAUAUUAUUAAAAAUCUCUCAAAACACUUUUGAUUUUUUUCCACUUGAAGUCAAUAAAAAUGCUUUUCACACAGCCUUUUUCACUUUUAAACGAAUUCUCCAAUACAAACUUUGUGUCAAAUUAUAUUAUUAUUUUCCAUUAUGUAUACGAACGUUUUUGUAAAAAAAAAUGUUGAAAUUAUACACUAACACUUAAAUAAUUACAUGCUAAGGUAAGGCAUAUUCCAUAAUUAUAAAUAAUUAAUUACAAAUAUUUAUAGUACAUACAUAUACCACUAUAUAUACAGUCUCGCAUGUCUUAAAGCCGAGUUUAUACAAUAUGUACAGUUUUAGAAAACUUGUAUAGAUCUCUAUACACCGCAUCUAAGGCCUCAACUUUGAUAGGACUUGUGAUACAAGAGAGAAACCUGAGGGCAUCUGAACUAGUUACUCCACAACUAAAUUGGCUAGCUCCAAUCUAAGAGAGUAGCUUUAAUGGCACUUUCAAAAUGGAGUAAUGAGCUGAUGUGAAUGAAUGAAAAAGAAUGUCGACAGAAUGGGAAUGAUGAAUAUCUUCCUCAGGUUUCUCCAUUACACCAUGCAUCCACCAAUCACCACCAUCGUACAUAUAACCUGCACUAUUUACAUUAUUAUGGUAAUUGUCAAAAAUGACUGAUUAAAAAAGUACACAUUCUGCCGUCCUGGUACUCUCACGCGCAAUAUGGCGUGAAGGUAGCAAGCGAAGUAUCAGGUAGACUAGUCUUAUAUAAGUCUCAUAGAAAUAUCCACGGCAUAAUGGGUAAUGAUUUAAGUAACAAAUCCAUAAUGAUAACAAAAAAUAAUGUACCAUUAUUCCCAACAAGAUGUAUAAAAAUCACCCAGAUCCGGGUUCUCAUAAAUGUGCAACGCACUGUACUGUACACUCGACGCCCUGAAAAAUUGGUCAGCUAGGAAAUAACAAAUUUUGUUUCUAAGUAGCAACUACUUCAUAAGUAUAUGUGUAUAUUUAAUGCUCAAUUUUUUAGAGGGACUGAGCAGGUUCCCUAUUGCUUUGUUAUUAUCUCUAGAUGAAGACUUUUUCAUAGCAACGAAUGUACAAAAUAAUAAUGUCCAAUAAACAAAACUUCACUGAAUUCAUUAGAAAAUGUUCACUUCACUUUUGGUCCGUUUUCCACUAUUGUAAGUUUAUAUUAAGUAUGUUUGUGUAACUGCUUGCUUUGAGGGGACCGAGAAAAAUUAUACCUGGGUAAUAAAGAUUGAAGUUAUCUGUGUUUUUGAAAUCGUGUAACAAAAAUAUGUCCUGUUUUAUCUGCAAUACUAUGUUUUACAUCAUCAAUUUUAGGCAAUCAUUCCGCCGCGGGAAGUACCCGCGGCCUUAAGUAUACGGUACUGUAAUUCAAAUCCAUCUCAAAGCGAGCAGCCACACAAAAUCCACAUCACUUUAUUUGCGUCAGCUUGGAGGUGCAAGCAAGACUUCCAGCCAACACGGACACGCCGUCACAUCCCGCCUCGAGUACUUGGGUCCCCAACCUUUUGCGAACGAGAUCCUCACCGACCUUGGGUCUACAGGGCCAAUGUGGGGCAAGGAGACCGCUGGAGGUGGGCAAGAGGGGUCGAAGAUACAGAGACAGUGGCCUGGGGCCACCCUCCACACCAGUAGGGCCUUGGCUGCAGCAGCGUCCAGUGCUGGUGAGCUCACGAACACUGGCUCCUGGCUGCGGUUGUAAAGCCACACCCCAUCUGAUUCUAGUGACAGGGUGACACCUAACCCGAUCUUUGCUCUUGUUUUCUUCACCUGAAAUAGAA